AAAAUUUUCCUGCUCACAUGUACCUCAGAUUCCAGCCUAGCAGACAGCACUCUCCUCUCUGACCAGCAGCUAAGACACAAUGAUGCAAUUAAAGACUUUAAUUUUUACAUCUGUUAUGCUCCCAUGGAUACUCUCUUCUGCAGCAAAAGAUGAAUACAUGGAAGUAAGAAAACCUAAGAAAGACAUUGUAAGCUUUCCAGACUACGGUAUGCUCCAAGACUCUGACCCAGCAGUAGUUCCAAAAGUCGAUGAGUUGCCCACAUGUCUGCUGUGUGUUUGCCUGAGUGGAUCUGUUUACUGUGAGGAGGUGUCCCCUGAAAUGUCAAGCGUCCCGUCACUGCCAAAGGAAACAGCGUAUCUCUAUGCACGUUUCAACAAAAUCACAAAACUAACCAACAGAGACUUUGCAGACAUGGCCACUUUAAGAAGAAUUGACCUAACGGGGAAUCUCAUCUCCGAGAUAGAAGAUGGAGCUUUUUCAAAACUUCCCAAUCUUGAGGAGCUCAGUCUUGCAGAAAACAGACUGACUAAACUUCCCAUGCUGCCCACCAAGCUGGUGUCGUUCAGUGCCAAUUUCAACAGGCUUAAAACCCAGGGUGUAAAGGCAACUGCUUUUAAAAAGCUCACAAGACUGGCAUACCUCUACCUUGGAAACAAUGAACUGACUGCAGUGCCCCAACUUCCAGAGUCUCUUCACGUUGUGCACCUGCAUAACAACAAGAUCUUAAAAAUAACGGAUGAGACGUUCUGCAAAGGCAACAACAGUUACUACAUCCGGACCAACAUGUACGAGGUGAGACUGGACGGGAACCCCAUCAUGCUGUCGAUGCACCCUAACAGCUUCAUCUGUCUGCAGUCUCUCCCCCUUGGACGGUACAACUAAAAUAACCCUAGCAUGGAUAGAGGUAAACCUUGGGGGGAGGAGGUCUGUGUAAAAUGAAGGAUGCAGAUACACAGAUAGUAAAAAUAAAAUUUGGAAAAUACAGUUCUUAAGUUACAUUUUAUAUACUCAAAUCUACCGUACAGUUCGAGAACAGUUUUUAUAAUUACACAGGAAUUAUAUAGUUACAGAACAGAAAGGCAGACAAGCAGAAGAAAGAGCUUUUUUUUGUUUCUUUUUAAAUGCUCUCUGCCAGUAUUAAACACAUCUGUGUAAAAUCAUCCAAGAUGUCUCUACAAACAAAGACUCUUUUUUUGUAUUUUUUCAUUUGUUACAUUGAGCUGAGAUUGUUUUGUCUUGGCAGGUGCUAUGCAACAUUUUUAAACACAUCAACAUAGACUAUAAUAUAAGACAUUGUUGAUAUGUAUAUUAUUUCAUUAUUUCAUUGUUACAUUUGAUUUCACACUAGUGGCAUCAUUACUGCUAAUGUUUCUUAAACUGAAGAUCAUAUUAACAAUAAAACCUGCAUGUUGGAA